AUGAGCAACGGCAACAGGCGGCUACUCCAAACUGACAAUGUCUUUCUCUACAUUCCAAACAUCAUUGGCUACACGCGUAUUAUACUAGCUUCAGCUGCAUUAUACUACAUGCCAUGGCAUCCAAAGGUGUGCACUAUCUUGUAUUGUAUCUCGUGCUUGUUGGAUGCGGUAGACGGCAACGCUGCACGUUACUUUGACCAAUGUAGCAAGUUUGGGGCUGUACUCGAUAUGGUGACUGAUAGAUCCACCACCACUUGUUUACUCUGCUUUCUUUCCCUGAAAUACCCUGCAUGGACUAUCCUCUUCCAAUUCUUGAUAUCGUUGGACUUCAGCUCUCAUUAUAUGCACAUGUACAGUUCAAUGACAGAAGGUUCAUCCAGCCACAAGAAGAUCUCUCAGUCAAGCAAUCGAUUUCUUCAACUUUAUUACAACAGCAAUGUCGUGCUUUUCAUUAUGUGUGCCGGUAACGAGCUUUUCUUUGUUGCUCUAUACGUCUUCAAGUUUUUCCAAGGCCCUAUUAAUGCUGCAUGGUGGAUCGUCUUUGCCGUGAGCGGUGUCAUUUGCUUCCUCAAGCAAUUCAUCAACGUUAUCCAAAUCGUGAACGCCAGCAGGGUAUUGGCAACCAUUGACAAGGAAGAGAGAGCCAAGGCGUUGAACGCCAAGAAGGAAUAA